GCCCACCCGAUGUUUCCUUUCCUCCACCUCAUCCAACGUUGGCCCCAAACAUCUGCCCGGCCCCUCGCCCGCGGAAUCUGCAUCCAGAGAAGUCCAGAUGUACGCCAGGACCCCUAGAUGUCCCCCCGGCAGCCCCCCCGCACCUCUGCCCACAAUCCCAGCAUUAUUCCCACCCCUCCGCUCAAGGAACACUCUCCCCCGCCCCCAGACCCCACCCGGUCCUUCACAUCCCUCCCACUGCCACCAUCCCCAAAGCCGCUCUCCGAGUCCCUCAACUAUUGUGGUUUCGACACCUACGACUCCUCCCGCAGGCUGCUGAACAACGAGGGCUCCUUGCUUGCCUACUCGGGCUAUGGGGACACUGAUGCCAGGGUCACUGCGGCCAUCGCCAGCAACAUCUGGGUGGCCUACGACAAAAACGGGCACCAGGCGUUCAAUGAGGACAACCUCAAGUUCAUCCUCAUGGACUGCAUGGAGGGGCGAGUGGCCAUCACACGGGUGGCAAACCUGCUGCUCUGCAUGUACGCCAAGGAGACAGUCGGAUUUGGGAUGCUGAAAGCCAAGGCACAGGCUCUGGUCCAGUACCUGGAGGAGCCGCUCACACAGGUGGCUGCAUCAUGAGCAGGGCCCUGAGGUGCCACUGGGCUCUGACAGCAUCACCAUCAGCACCGUGGGUUGGGCAUGAGUGGCCCCACGGGCAUCCCAGGGCUCCAGUGUGGUCUGAAAAAUGAGGUGGCAGGAAUGCAGAAGCUGGGGUGAAUAAAGUGUGUUUGAUGCUUGUG